GAAAAAUUGCAAUGUUUUCAUUUUUCACGUGUUCAUCUUAAACCGGAAGUGACCUUUCGUUGGCAUAAGCGACAUUGACCUACAUAGUUGAAACAGCUUCUCUGUUGAUUGCAAAUGCAGACAAAGACAUAAUCAUUGUGAUGGCAGAGAAAAAAGUUGUGACACAAAUCUCCACCCCAAAGCUACAGAGAGAGGGAGGGGGAUUUCUAGUCCGCAAGGUGAUUGGUGGAAUUAUCCCAUCAUGUGACCCUUUCCUUAUGUUGGACCACAUUGGUCCAGUAGACAACAAACCUGGAGAGUCAGUAGGGGCACCAGACCAUCCACAUCGAGGUUUUGAAACUGUCACUUAUGUUAUAGAUGGGGGUAUUAAGCAUAAGGAUUCUGAAGGCAACAAAGGUAAUCUGAAGGAGGGUUGGGUGCAGUGGAUGACUGCAGGGCGGGGAAUUGUACAUGCAGAGAUGCCAACUGAUGAAAUCAUGGAGAAUGGGGGACGCAUGGAAGGCUUCCAGUUGUGGACUAAUUUACCAGCAAAGCAUAAAAUGAUUGCUCCACGCUAUCAAGAAAUGAAACCAGAAGAAAUGGCAUCAGUAGAAAAUGAAGAAAAUAAAUAUACUGUCAAAAUUAUAUCUGGCACAGUAAAUGGUGUGUCUUCAAAAAUCAACACAUUAGUACCAAUCACAUUCCUAGAUAUUCAUCUCCAGCCUGGUGGCCAGUUCACACACGACAUACCUCCUGGUUUUAACAGUAUUGCAUAUGUAUGGAGAGGCUCAGGUGUUUUAGGUUCAAUGCCUGCUCAUAUGGGGCAAGUGGGGCUGCUUAGUGAAAAGGGAACUGCAUUUACAAUGAAGGCAACAGAUCAAGAUUGCCAUAUUCUACUGAUUGCUGGUGAAAUUAUUAAUGAACCAAUUGUGAAGUAUGGACCAUUUGUGAUGAAUACACAAGCUGAAAUUGAUCAGGCUGUAGCAGACUAUCAAGCAGGACUACUAGGGUCUAUUCCUGGCAAGGAGGAAAGACUUCAACAGACAGAGAUUGCACUGGCACGACAGAGAGAAUCUGGUACAUGGACCUAGUUAAAACUUCUACAUAUCAUUCUCGAUAAUCUGUGGUCUUAUGUGAGAAACUGAGCAAUUGUGAAAUGCUCGACAUUCCGUUGUGUAACAAUCUGUCGUAAAAUCCCAGGUUGAAAAGAAAAAUAUGCAUUGGAUUCACGUUAACGCGUUAUGUAGUUAUCAAAUUUUAUGUGGUGGUGUGUCAUCUACAAAUUUUGUUAUGUCACAUAUCAAAAAGUGACUUAUUGUUAUCCCUCUCAGUUUUGUGCCUGGCUCCAGCAGUUGGUAUCUGUAACAUAUUGUUACACUUUAGUAACUUUUUGUAACUAUAGCCUUAUCGUUUCUUGUUUUACA